AUGAGGCGCUCCCUAGUUUCAAGACGGUCCCAGUUCGACCCGUCGAGCGCGAAGAGACCAGGAUGGUGCCUCGAGAGGGGCUAUUCUGGAGGCUCGUACCCCAAUAUCAAAGAUCAUGAUCUGAAAAAAGAGAUUGAAGAUCGGGAACUUCAAGGUAGAUUCCAAGUUGGCAAACCAUUUACGCCAAUGUUCGACCCGAAUGGCCACUACGCCUUCCAUAUAGUGACACCCCGGGAGCAGAGAAAGGAUCUGCCGCGUCAACUGAGGACCGAUGAGCUGUUCCAGAUGCCCGACAUCAUCCUUGAUCUUGACGCGUAUGGCGCAAAGGACGUCCGCGAAAGUGACAAUGAGGAUGAAAAUACCAUGGCCAGUAUCUGGGCUCAUACGGAACAACAGAGAUCCGUUCAGUCGCGCCUCGAAGACCUGAAGCAGAUGAUUGGGGAGUCCCGAGAGACUCGGAGCAAGGUGUUAUCUAGCUCGACGAACCCAUGGCGCAUCACCUCUCACGACGUGAUCUCUACAGCUCUUCGAGGCCUCGCACCCUUAGAGGACUCAAGGGAGGAUGGUGCACUGGACGGAGAAUCUGACACCCUUCGUAUUUCCACUCUGACUUACGCCACGCCGGACCAAGGGGCUCAGAUGAAGAAGUAUCAGAGUUCUCAUCAACGAUUAACCAGUGAGAAGCAAGGAAUGCCUGUCUCUGACCAAAUCGAUCCUCGUCGGAAUCCCGACUUUCUCGAACAAGUACGAGCACACAAUGGCAUUCCACGGCAUGCUGCCCAAAAUAACGAGCUUCUGCUGCGAUGGGUGCUGAGCCGACGGGAUUCGCUCCGGUUCGACCAGAUCAAAUCCCAGAAACAGCAACCAUCCGCGCAGCAAAUUGCAAGUGAGUUGCGGGAACAAGAUAGCAUCAACGGGAUCAGAAGAGUUGUGUUCCAUAGCCUGAGCGCCAAUGCGGACCUAAACUUGGAUCCAUCGGCCCAGGACGGGGAACAAGGAAGUGUUCCCCAAGAGAUCCGAGAUGCUUGUGUUCGAGUGAUGGACGCAUCACCAGGACCUGAAGCGUACUUUGAUACCUUGGAGUUUGUCAACAAUCUCAGCUAUAGGCUGCCGCGUAUGCGCAAGAACCUAGAAGCAUGUAUAUUUGUACUCCGGCUGCGAUGUUUGGCUCGACUAGGCAAACUCGACCUGGCAGUCAGACAACUUCAAGGUAGAAUCACAACUGGCAUGCUAAACAGCAAGCUGAACAUCCUUCCGGAUAUAAGAACCAGCCUAGAAUCUUGGAACAAGGUGGCCGGCGAGACAAAGUUGCUGGAGCAUAAAUCUCAGCGCCAGCUUUUGUUCGCCAUCUUAACAGGCUUGGGUGAAAACUCGCCGGAUGGGGCCUCCCUCCGAGGUUUACUGUUCGAUUCUGGUUAUCCAGCCUCAGAGUUGCAGAGCGAGGAGAGACAGGAGGCAUACGAGGAAUACAUCCUUCUUCUAGGACGCGUCGGUGCUCUACGGACUAUUUGGAGGGAAUGGAGGACAUACACUUCGAAUCUCUUUCAAGGAUACAGCUUGACACAUGUUAGCAAGACCACGACAGGAGAAGCACAGAUCCAAAACGUCUUCUCCCGUGCGUUGCCCAUAGCCCUCUCAAUCGCCGGUCCGGAGUACUUUGCACAGCAAGGGAGCGCAAACCCAGACCCAGAUUUGGCCGAAUGUCAGAGAAUGGACUUUGAGUGGAUCGUCAAGGGAAUAGCGCCGCCCGCGGAGCAGCAAACGAAUUUCCCGAAGCAGCCCACGAAGAUAUUUACCACAGACGAGGUCAGGAGUAUGAUGGGGCCUCCGCUGAAUGACUCGCUCGAGGCCAUGGAAAGCCACCGCCGAGCACUCCACACGGAGCAGUAG